ACUAAAACAUCCCCUCCCUCCUCCUCUCCUUUUUUUCAUCAUUUACUUCACUAUCGUCCACUUCCCCCCUUAAUGUGUGUUUGUUGUUGUCACCGUUGCUUUGCUUUGUACGUCCGAUUUUUAACCUUGGCUUGCUUGCUCCUAGCUCCGCCAUCCUUCUCCUCUCCCUCCCUUCAAUCUCUUUUUAUAUUAUUUUGUUGUAUUCAUCAUUUCCUCAUCCUUCGAAUCUCCCCCACCUGUCUUCUUGAAAUGACCGGUGGUCUACAUUUUUUAUUUAUUUAUUGA